UGUCUUGGAUACUACAUUCCUCACACCACACUUCAUUAACUACUUACUACUACAAACUUUAUACCCUUUCUUUUUAGUGCUAAGAAAAUGACAACAUCAAGAAAUCCCAAUAUUUUCACUCUUUUUUGCCUCUUUUUCUUCCUAAUUUCAGUCUCCUCUACACACCCAAUGGGCAGGAAGAAGCCAUACAAGCCAUGCAAGAACCUAGUCUUGUACUUCCACGACGUCAUCUACAACGGCCAAAACGCCGCUAACGCCACCUCCACCAUUGUCGGAGCCCCGCAGUGGGGCAACUACACCAUCCUCGCCACCCAGUUCCACUUCGGCAACGUCGUCGUUUUCGACGACCCCAUCACUUUAGACAACAACUUCCACUCCACGCCGGUGGGGAGGGCCCAAGGGAUGUACAUGUACGACACCAAGAAUACUUACACGGCUUGGCUUGGGUUCUCUUUUGUGCUUAACACUACGGAUUCUCAAGGGAGCAUAAAUUUCAUUGGCGCAGACCCAUUGAUGAAUAAGACUAGGGAUAUAUCGGUGGUGGGUGGCACCGGCGACUUCUUCAUGCACCGCGGCGUCGCCACCGUCAUGACCGACGCCUUUGAAGGCGAGGUUUAUUUCAGACUUCGCGUGGAUAUCAAAUUCUACGAGUGCUGGUAGUGAAAUAUAAUUUCAUAGUCCACACCCUAUAAUUGUAAAAUAGGGUUUCAAUAUAAUUGCCUUUUUCAUAUUUAUGAAAACAAGUUAUAUGUAUGCGUACGUACGGCACAACUUAUGUGGUACAAUGUUAGCCUCGUCCGAUGACUACCUUUGUAUGUCUGUGCCUAUUUCUCUGUGUUUUCCAAGGUAACAAAAUUUGGAAUAAAAUUGAAGAGUUACUUUUUUUUUCCC